AUGUGUGUGAAGCUGCGGGUUGCAGCUAGAAGGACAAGAGGAGUGGUAGAGGCAAGGAGGGCUGAGAAUCAAGCUAGAGCGACCCGUUAUCCUGGUCCUACAGGAGGAGUGGGGAAAAAGGAGUCAAUACAGCUCUGGGAGCUCGAAUGUGGGGGUAGGCAUGCGGGGCAAUGCUGGGAGUGCUUUCGAUGCCACCGGUGGGGACAUAUUGCCAGAAACUGUCCAGAGAGUCAGCCGACACCUCAAGCUGGUCGUUCUACUGUUCCAGGACGUGUCUAUGCGAUGACAAAUGAGGAGGCUUCUGCAUCUCCGAACUUGAUUCGAGGUAACAUUCUACUUGAGGGACAUGUUAUUUCUGCUUUAUUUGACUCGGGUGUUACGCACUCCUUUAUUUCUGUGGACUGUGCUCAGAAGUUGAGCUUGCCUGUAGUUGAGCUACCUUAUGACUUAAGAGUGUCUACUCCUGCUGGAGUCACUGUCGUAACUGGAAGAGCGUGUCUAGAGCUUGCACUUCAGUUUGAGAAUCGAGAUUCUAUAAUAGAUUUGUUUUGUCUACCUCUGAGAGGUAUUGACGUGAUUAUUGGCAUGAACUGGUUGAUGGCCAAUGGAGCAAUCCUUGAUUGUAAAAGGAGGUUGGUGACAAUUCCGGUAGGUGCCUUAUGUGCUGAGAUGUCAAGUGGUCCGGUUUUGUUGUCAGCUGCUCAAGUAGAGAAGGCAGUGAGGAAGGGCUGCCAGGCCUUCAUUGUCUUCUUUUCAAUUAGUGAGGAUGAGGCAGGAGGAAUUGAACAGAUAGCUGUGGUGAGAGACUACCCCAAGUGUUUUCAGAUGAGGUUGCAGGACUACCUCCAGAGCGAGAAGUGGAGUUCUCCAUAG